AUGGCUUCUCUCAAUCUCUCAUCCAACGGUCCCUCGAUAUCCAAGAGCUACCAGACCGUGGUGAAUGCACCUCCCCCAUCUACAGCUGGUUCUCCGACCUACGGUCAAUGGGCUGUCUUUUCGGUUUCUACUCCCCUAGUCAGCGCUUUUCAGCAGGAUGCAGGCAAGGAGAGUGUACUCAAGGUUCAGAGCUCCGGAGAGGGUGAAUUGGCCGAUCUCAUCGAAGAAUUCUCCGAAGGGAGGGUACAGUUCGCCUAUGUGAAGGUGACAGACCCAAAUACAGGUCUCCCCAAGAACGUCCUGGUUGCGUGGUGCGGAGAAGGUGUGCCUGAGCGAACCAAGGGCUAUUUCACCAGCCACCUGGCUGCAGUUUCAAAGUUCCUUCAUGGAUAUCAUGUUCAGGUUACUGCACGGGCAGAUGGAGAUUUGACCCCCGAGGCCAUUGUCCAGCGAGUGGCAGACUCCUCCGGCUCCAAGUAUUCCGCUGGGGAGACUUCUAUCCCCACCCCCGCCCCCCGCCCUCCUGUAGCCAACAAGCCCGCUUUCACACCGACAAGAUCUGGAGGAAUUGCCCCCAACCCCGCCCGACCACAGCCGGCCUCAUCGAGAGCCCCCGUGGAUGAUGAUGGAUGGGGUGCAGAUGCCCCUCCAGUGACCCGGACUCAAUUGGAAAAGGUUCAGCCGGCCUAUCAGCCCACCAGAGUGAACCUGCAAGAGCUCAAGGCAAACCCCACAGCGACUCGCCAAGCUCCCGCCCCGAUUUCGGACGACGCUGGCGUUGUCAAGGGUGGAUACCAGCCAAUAGGCAAAGUUGAUAUUGCUGCCAUUCGGAGACAGGCCGCCGAAUCUGGUCAGCUCAAAGAUGAGCGCCCGGCCCCCGUCAAGGGGUCCUAUGAGCCGAUUGGCAAAGUGGACAUUGCUGCUAUCCGAUCCAAGGCACAGAAACCAACCGGUGACAAUGUCUCAUUGAGCCCCGCUGUCAAUGAGCCUUCUACGACGCUGCCUGAGCGUCCUGCCCCAUCCAAUACCUCAGAGCGUUUGACAAACCUACCUAAGCCUAAGGUUGCCAAUAAGUUUGGCAGUGGCCCUUCUUUCCCUGGAACUAAGCCACCUCUCCCGACUGCCCUUGAGCCUAAGCCGAGCGCGAGCGCCCCAAUUGGUGUUGCAAGCCGAACAUUUGCAGACGAAGGAGGAAAGACACCUGCUCAGAUUUGGGCUGAACGCAAGGCCAGGGAGCGCGGAGAGACACCACCAUCGCAGAGCGCUGAACCCACUCCCAUUCAGAGCCAGGCUAGUGGUCAAAAUGAGUGGAAGAGCUCCUACGCUGGAAAAUCCUGGGCCCCUGUCCAAACCACACACGAGAAAUCCCAACUUGCCGAACCACCAGUUGACGCAAGGACCGUUGACCAAGCGGAAGAAUCCCAGCCUAGCGUCAGUGAUAUCCGCGGUCAAUUCGCCCAUGAUACACCCGCACCACCCGCUCCUCCGGUCCCACAGGCCAGUCGUCCCGUUCCUGUACCUGGCCUAUCCUCUGCCUCGCUCUCCACCCCUCCCACACCACCAGUACGCGAGAGCUCCCCUAUCCGGAUUGCUAUGCCGGUGGGUCAGGGUGUUGCCGAUGCCCACGAGGAGCAGAACUCUCCGCCUCCAGCUCUUCCCGUUCAGAGUCUCCAAGAGGCAGUUCCAGACGAACGGGAUCUUGAGGAAGAUUCGCACGACCUUGGACGUGCUGCGGCCGAAGCCACGGCACCAGAGAAACCUCAGAGUGGACUGCGCGCCCAAGUCCAAUUUGACUAUGAAAAGGCCGAAGACAAUGAAAUCGAGCUGCGUGAGGGGGAGUUUGUGACCGACAUUGAAAUGGUGGACGAGGACUGGUGGGUGGGUGUCAAUGCCCAGGGCGAGCGUGGUCUCUUCCCGGGCAAUUAUGUGGAGAUUGUGGAGGACGACAAGCAUGAAACUCCUGCGCUGGUUGCUCAUGGGUACGAGCCAGAGCCGGAGCCUGCUGCCGCCGUUCCUGCUCCUCCCACGCCCGCCGCUGCCCCUGCGCCCGCCGCCGCCACGAGCUCCAAGGGACCCACUGCCACGGCUCUGUUCGAUUAUGAAGCUGCCGAAGACAACGAGAUUGGCUUUCCUGAAGGCGUGAAAAUCACCAACGUGGAAUUCCCUGAUGAUGACUGGUGGCUCGGUGAAUACAAUGGCGCACGAGGACUCUUCCCCGCCAACUACGUUGAGUUGGACCAGUGA